UAGGAACCCUUGAUUGAAGCCGCUGUUCGCACACGGCUGUAUUUGACUGACGGAGCCCGGGCUGUUUUUGGAGCGGUACGGUUGUUUAUCACCGAAACGAAACAAAUUCUACGGUUAAUUAGAUGGAAACUCUGGAACAAAUAUAUUUGACCCUGUGACCCGAACAUCAUGACACACCAGUGUAUAAUCUGCCUGAAACAGUUUGAUUUUGUUUCAAAGCUUCGACGUCACCAGCUCACACAUUCGGGACAGAGACCUUUCACCUGUUACGUUUGCCUGAAAUCUUUUCGGCAGUCGGCUCAUUUGAAAGGACAUUUGAAGAGCCAUUCGAAGCUGAGGGAGGUUUCACUCAUUGUAUCACAAGCAAUUAAUUCUCAAAUAUCCUACACCAAAACAGAGGAACGUUACGACAAACAUGGUGGAUCUCGGAGGAUUUCAGAGGAAGGAGACCUUGGUGAUGAAAAUAUGUGGUACAGUUCCAUUCAGACAAGUAAUGAGAGUGAAUCUGAACUUCAGAGUCAUGGUAUGGACAAGCAUAAACGUGUUAAACACGUGAUCAACGAUACUGGACAGACGUGUGACUUUGCACAAGGGAAUUACGAUGGAUUUAAAGACUUGACCCAUGAAGAAAACUUUCAAAACUGUCAAUAUUCAUUGUGCACUAACGUUCUGCCGAAUUCAGCAAACAACACAGAGUCCAGUGUUGAAAAACAAGAACAUAUGGGAGUAAUUUACACUACAGAAGACACACAAGAUAACGAUUCUUCUACAGAGUUAAAAAUGGCAAAGAUGACCAAUAGGCACCAGUGUUCAGUGUGUCUGAAAUGUUUUUCUGCACCAUCAAAACUAAAGCGUCACGUUUUAAUUCACAGCAGUCUUCGGCCUUUUUGCUGCGAGCUCUGCCCUAAAGCUUUCCGGCAGCUUGCACACUUAAAAAUGCACCUAUCUACUCAUUUUCCACAGAGACGAAAAAAACUGAAAGAAGUUAUUCCUGGAAACACUGCCUCUCACAAUCCAAGUUAUUCGCUGGAUACCGUGAAUACAUUGGUGAAUCAUUCUAAACCUUCAAAGGCACAAUGGACAGAAGAAGCUGGAGAUCUUGAGAAGGAGCGAAAAGGAUCAGAAAAUGUUUAUAUGGAGCCGUUUCCUAAAAAUGUGAAAAAGCGAAAGAGUUCAAACACUGCUGAAAAGUGGGCUAAAAGUAAAGUAGAGCAUGAAUGCCCAGUGUGCCACAAAUGUUUCAGCGCCCCGUCGAAGCUGAGAAGGCACUGUCUCAUUCACACAGGUCAAAGACCGUUUCAGUGUUCUUUAUGCUUCCGUGCAUUCAGGCAACUUUCCCACCUCAAAGCACACCACAGUGUUCACACCGGUCCCAGGAAGAAGUUAUCUUCCUCACUCCAGAUGCACAGAUCCAUCCAGCCUCAGCCUUGUCCCAGUCGAACAUCUAAGGCCAGGCUGAAGCGUUUUGUUCACAUCAGCCUUGCUAGGAAGUUCAGAUCUGCAAAACAGAAAGUGAAAAUGUCUGCUGCACUUUUGAGUCCAUCACCUGCUGCAAGAAUUAUGAUUGAUGGGAAUAUUUCAGAAACUGAUGCUGUCAGGUCCUCACCGGACCAAGAGAUCAGCUGUAGACAAGAUUACUCUUGCACUGUAUGUUCAAAACAUUUCAAUGCUCCUUCCAAACUUCAACGCCACAUCUUGAUUCACACAGGGCAACGACCUUUCAGAUGCUCAGUUUGUUUUAGAGGCUUCAGACAGAAAUCCCACUUGAAGGUUCAUAAGUGUAAAGGAGGAAGCAGAGGAACGUUUCAGACUAGCAUAAGUGAGGUCCAUCUGAGAGACCCUGAUAGUUCCAAAUCUAACGUGAGUAUCAGAAAGGAGGAUGAGAUUGGCAGGGAGAAUUUCAUAUCCAGCAGUGGAAUGAGGGACAGCUGUGUUUACACACCUAGCAUUGGACUUGUAUCUAAAUACAUCCCAGAGGACAGUGGUGAUCUCACAUCUCUUUCUUACAAAGCCAUAUCCAGCCCUCUGGAUGAAGAAAAGCAGACUAAAGAGUCUGGGUACCAGUGCACAAUGUGCUUCAAAAUAUUUGACUUCCCUUCCAAACUUUCUAGGCAUCUCCUCAUCCACAUGGACAUCAAGCCAUUCAAGUGUAGCAUGUGCAGCAAGUCCUUCAGGAAGCUCUACCACCUACAGAGCCACUACAAGGUUCAUAUGGUUCGAAAAAAAAUGCUUUGCCAACAAACCUACAAGAGUGGGAUGGGAUCCUCCGUCCCUGAGAUGUCAGAGACAUUCAGUGAAACAAAUAACUGUGCAAGAGAGUCUGGAAGACAUCCAGUGGCACAGAAACCAGAUCCUAACUGUGACAGUCAAAAUACAAAUCUGGUUAAUCAUUCUUCACAUUCCCAUUCCAUAAACAUAGAGGAAUUCACACCAGACUUCGAGAGCACCAGCUUUCCAGUUGAAGUCCAUGAAGGUGAAGACCCUUCUGUCCAGAUGAACAGGAAUGCACACCAGUGCAUCUUCUGUCUGAAGACUUUUGAUUUUCCAUCAAAGCUUUCCAGACAUUUGCUGGUCCACACCGGAAUCAGGCCUUACAAGUGCCAGGUUUGUUGCAAGUCCUUUAAGCAGCUCAGCCAUCUUCAGUGUCACCAGUGGGUCCACAAUAGAAAAGACAACAGUGAGCUCAAAGCUUGCGUAGUGAGUCCCACCUUGGCUGAUAAAGCAGACCUUCAUCAAGAGAGUUAUGAAAGUUUAGCCAUUGUAAAUCAAAUUGAUGAAGAUGAUGAAUACACUGCACAAGUCCACUACCAGAAAUGUAUUUCUCAAGACAACAAUUGCUGUCCUCCUGAUUCAGGUUAUGGUGAGAGCAAGGUCAAGUCUGAGACUGAUCUUCUGGUGGAUAAGUCUGUUUAUCCUACCUUAAAACAUGAUUCAGAACCAUUUGGUGCUGAUAAUACUACAAAUAUGAUACUGUAUAAAUGUCUGGAUCAACAGGCUGAGAAAUUGGAGAGCAAGGAUUUUCAACACUGUUUGAACAGAACAGAUGAAGUUCACUCAUCUGCUGCUGAUACGACUACCAGAAUUCCAAUUUGGAAUAGUAUGGAUCAACAAGAAAUGGUGGAAACUAGAGAUCUUCAUCCUUUUACCCAGAAGAUUGAUAGGACAAAUUUGCACAGUCUCGCCUUUUGUAUUCCUGAAGACUCUUUUCAAAGAUCACUAACUGUCCCUGAUUUUUGCAAGCUUGAGUUGAAUUAUCACAACCAAGACUCCACGAAGGACGAAGGUUGUAAUCAACACCUGACAGACCCACCAAAUGACCUGCCAAUAUGUCCUUCCUGCAGCCAGUGCUUUGAUUCAUUGCAAAAACUUAAUGCACACAAUUGUCCAGUCCACUGUCCGAAACAGAGACUCUCAAAGCCCUACCAUUGUGCUGUUUGCUUCAAAAGCUUUGAAGCUCCAUCUAAGUUGAAGAGACACUAUGUGAUACACACCGGACAGAGACCAUAUCGCUGUAACAUGUGUGACAAAGACUUCACCCAAUCAAGUCAUCUCAAAACACACAUGUUGUCCCACAGGUAGCUAACAAACCUGCAAAAGGUCCAGGGUGUUACACCUCAAACCCUAGGAUGUGGGAGUUCUGGAAGUCAUUUAAAAUCCUGAGACCCUGUCAAAAAUACCCUUCCAUCCACCCAUCCAUCCAUCCAUCCAUCCAUCCUUCCGUUUUCUGUACCACUUAUCCUACACAGGAGGGGUUUCUGCUGUUGCUGCUGGCAGUGACGGUUCACUAGACUGACAAAACAAAAUUAUUUACAGCUGCUAUUGUGCUGGAAAACGCUUAAAUUUGAUACAAUUGGAAAAACAUUGAUGUUUGUUUGAAGAAAUUGAAUGAGGUCUGAGUCACCUUGCAGGGGUUUUAACCUGAUAAUAAUCUAAUGGCUGUUAAUGUAAAUUAUCUGUUAAAUUAUUAUAUUAGAAGGUUCUCAGAUUCUUCUCAGAUUUGGUCAAAUGGUAUGAAAUACUAAAAAAAAUGCUUUUAUAUUUUAUCACAUUGAUUUAAAACUUUGUAAAAUUCUGAAUGUUGAUUGUAAUGAUUAUUAUUAUUGUUCUUUUUUAUUUAUGUUACACUUUCUCACACUGAAAUAUCUUUAGAACGAAUAACCCUCUCCGUGUGGUUAUGAGCAGUGAAUAUCGCCUCUCGGUUGUACAUCUAUUGGUCCAUACAGUCACACUUUCCUAUUCCUGUGUAGUUUCGUCCAUGUUCUCUAGGUGGUGCAGCCUGUCCAUCUCUGAGAGGAUUGUGCCUGUUCAUUUCGAGAACAGAAACAGUUGGUCAUGACUUGUUAGUAUUGGGUCAGUAUACAAUAAGUAUUAGGUCAAUAUAUUUGUCAUUAAAAGGUCAGAUGGGUCCAGGAAUCAUCUUACUUUGUGAUGAAUAAAAGUUAUUUGAGUACCAUUUUAAAGAAAGUAUAUUACAUAAUGUUUUUUAUUGUCUGUUACAAAUCACCUCUUGUGCAUAUAAAACUCGACCGUGUCUCCUGCCAGCUGUCCAGCUAUAGACCAAUAUCAAACCUCCCCUUUAUCUCCAAGAUCCUAGAAAAGGUUGUACACAGCAGCUCUGCUCGUACUUACAUAGGAACAACAUUCAUGUAAUAUUUCAGUCGGGAGUUAGACCUCAUCAUAGCACAGAGACAGCGCUGGUUAAAGUAGUAAAUGACCUUCUACUGACCUCUGACCAGGGUUGUGUCUCCUUGCUUGUGUUACUUGACCUUAGUGCAGCUUUUUUUUUAACCGUUGAUUAUUAUUGUCCUGGACAGACUAGAAAUUGUUGUGUAUGUUCCUUUCAACACAAUUAGUACUGUAUGUCUUUCCUCCAUUUUAAAUUUAAUCAGUAACUUUUUGAAAUAUUAACACAGAAAACUGGCUGUGUUCCUAACAGUCAGUUAAAAACACGGAGAUAACACACAAGUCCUGG